AUGGCUUCAUCGUUGGGGUUUAAGGUAACCAUCCUUUUAGCACUCUUCGCCACCGUAUGCAUGGCACAAGCACCGGCUGGUGCACCAAAGAUUUCACCCACGGCCACACCUACACCAGCACCCCCGGUAGCGCCACCCACUGCUACACCAUCUACAUCCCCUGCUCCAUCCUCAGCCCCAGGGACCAGCCCUACCCCAGCACCUGGCGGUGAAACUCCAACCCCAUCAACCGCACCAGGAGCUGCUUCACCAACUGCACCCACCCCUGCCGGACCCACCACCGGACCCUCCACAGAUCAGCCACCAUCUGAUGGCGCCAACGCCGGUUUCGUCCAGAGAGCCGCCAUUGGUGGCACAACUCUCGCUGCAACACUUGUGGUUGUUGCUUUGAUGUAG